AUUUCAUUUCAAAAUUUUGGCAAUUUUGUCUUCCCCCUUCUUCAGCUAUUAUUUGACCGACAGAGGGGGAAGCCGGAAAAAAAAUGAAACUAAAGAAGUAAACAAACUAAUCAGAGGCACUCUACUCUCAUCAAAUCAAAUCUUCAUCAACUGAUAGAGGAUAUCCAGUUCCGGGAUUCAAAGGUAUGCCACACAAGCGCACUGAUCUAUUAGCUUUUUGCUCUUUUAUUUGGGGUGUUUUUUGAGCUCUUUUUUAAGAUAGAAAAAUUGAUAGUCAUCUUUGAAUUCGGAAAUGAAUCAUUGUGUUUUACCGGAAAGAAGAAUGAAUCGUAACGGGGUUGGCGAGAAUCUCAGUUGGGUUGUCGGGAAUCGGCUUCAUACCGUUGCAUUUGCAGAGAUUCUCUGGAAAGAGCAAAGAUUUAAGUUGGAAAGGGACGAUUAACCAAUGAUUUUUAUGGUUAGCUCUUGCUUCAUCUUCUUGCAAAUUGAUAUGAUCUAAUUAGAUGUUUAUUUCGGAUUUGAUUUAUUUAGAUUUGGAUUUAUGUUCUAUGCCUGAGGCACGAGAUAGAUUGUUGAGGGUGGAGGAUUUGGCCGCCAUUUACACUCCUAGAAGGCGGUCGGCGGUUUUGGGCCAAAAUCCACGAUCAGAAGCCAUCACCAUUUUAGCUGAUGACCGGAUGGCGGAAACUCCCACAACACCAUUCCGGUGGGGGGCAACACCAUUGACUGGUUCCCGUAGUAGAUUGGGAGUGACUGAUGCUUCUGUUCUCUGGAGUGGUGGUAGUACUGAAUUGCGCACACCAAGAAUUAUGCGAGGUACCGCAUUGCAAAUGUCUCCCGGAACAGCUACUAGGAGUGGGUAUAUAUCUCGAAGGACCAUUAGUAGCCGAGACAGUGGAGUAGGCCAAGACAAUGGACGUAUUGGUGCCAUUCUGCCUCAGUGGUAUCCGAGGAUCCCUCUUGGAGACAUCACUGAAACUGUCAGGACGGUGAUUAAAUCCUCUGAAGGUAAAUCUUUGCACCAGGCUGUUGACAGAAGGCAAAGUAGAUUGAGGGAAGAUGAGCAACGACUUGGGAGUCCUACAGCUCAGUCGCAGAUUGUUCUUGAUUCUAAAGUUUCAACAGUUAAUGCUCAACUCGAGCAUGAAGCUUCUUUGUUCACGCCAUAUCAAAAAAUUAAAACCAAGCCUUAUCCUGUCUCCGUUGGUAAAGUAUCAAAACUAUUGCUUGAUAUCACCAGCCAAGACAUCGGAGAGUCAUCUUUCCUAACACCACAAAAGAAGCUUUUAAACUCUAUAGACACCGUUGAAAAGGUAAUAAUGGAGGAACUGCUCAAAUUUAAGAGGACGCCCAUGGCAAAGAAAGCCGAGAGGGAAAGGAAAGUAAGGACUUUGAUGUCAAUGCGCUAAUUUUGGAGCAACAGUUUAUAUCUGACUCAAUCAAGGCUGAGUAUAAAAGAAAAGCCUGAGUCAAGAGCUUCUAAUCAACCGAGGUUGAGAACUAAACUCAGAACUCAGAAGCGCUUUGGAGGAAGGUAGAGAAUAAAAUCUGCCAUAUAUGGUAAUACAGUUCAUGACUUUAUGAUCAGGUUUUCUGUUGAAUCAACUUAGAAAAAGCCAUGCCCCCUCCCUUUUAAGUUUUACCUCCCCACGCAUUGAUUUGUUGGUUGAGUUCUAGCAUUGUAGCUAUUUCUUUUAGUUCGAUUUGUAGAAAAUUUUGUUUCAAUUGUAAAACUUGCUGGAUUGUUUGCUUCCUGUUUUCAUCUAGGGUGAAAGAAUGUAAAAGAUCUUUGAUGUGGUUAUGUAUACUCUAUCUUAGAAUUAUUCAGCACAUCAGAGAAACUAACUUAUGAGAUAGUUAUUAAUGAG